AAGGCUAAAGAAAGUCAAAUUGCACAAAAUUCCAUUUUAAGCAGUCAAAUUCGUUCAUCUCUAAUGCAUCAUGAAGGCUCCCCAAGAUCUAUAAGUCAAAAGCAGAGGAAAAACUAACACAGUUACACAAACACCUAUCUAUAAACCAUUGAUUGAAAAUCCCCCAACUUCUUACAGAGAACAUCUGCAGUUUGUGACAGGUCUUGUGGGAAUGUUUUACCAGGGCACUCAACUCCCCCCUCCAAACAACAGUGAUUCAUCAGAUGAUGGUGUUCCAGUUUCACCACCAAGAGUCAGACUCAGAGAUGGGAGGUACUUGGCUUAUAGAGAAAAGGGUGUCCCCAAGGACCAAGCAAAACACAGCAUCAUCAUUGUACAUGGCUUUGGAAGCUCCAAAGAUAUGAAUUUUCUGGCACCCCAAAAACCAUUAGACAUUGAAGUUCUGAUUAGAUACUUGGAUACAAAGAAGGAACUAAUAGAUGAAUUGGGUAUAUAUAUUCUGCAAUAUGAUCGAGCUGGGUAUGGAGAGAGUGAUCCAAACCCCAAACGCUCACUGAAAAGUGAAGCACUUGACAUUGAAGAGCUUGCUGAUCUGUUACAGAUAGGGUCAAAAUUUUAUUUGAUUGGUGUCUCAAUGGGAUCAUAUGCUACAUGGAGUUGUUUGAACUACAUCCCCAACAGGCUAGCAGGUGUGGCUAUGAUAGCUCCAGUGAUAAAUUAUCUAUGGCCUUCCUUCCCUGAGAGUCUGAUAAAAGAGGACUAUAGGAGGAAACUUAUCAAGUGGUCCAUGUGGUUUGCAAACUAUUUUCCUAGAUUGUUGUACUGGUGGGUGACUCAAAAGUGGCUCCCUUCAAAUUCUGUCAUAGAAAAAAACCCAGCUUUCUUCAACAAAAGAGAUAUAGAUAUUUUAGAGACAAUUCCUGGCUUCCCAAUGCUUACCAAGAACAAAUUAAGGGAACAAGUUGUUUUUGACACUCUAAGGGGUGACUGGAUGGUGGCCUUUGGCAACUGGGAAUUUGACCCUCUGAAGCUAAGUAAUCCAUUCCCUGAUAAUAGAAGUUCAGCUCACAUUUGGCAGGGCUAUGAAGAUAAGGUAGUGCCCUCUCAAAUCCAAAGGUUUGUUACACAGAAGCUGCCUUGGAUACAAUAUCAUGAAGUUCCAGAUGGUGGCCAUUUGAUUGUGCACUAUAGUGGCUUAUGUGAGGCCAUUCUGAAGGCACUUUUACUUGGAGAAGAAAAUCUUUCAUAUAGACCUAGACCAGAAGUAUUUGUAUCUUGAUUUACCAUGAUCUCUUAAUACAAUAUCUUUAUUGUUGAUUAUUUUUUUUCCUUUGGAGAAUGUCAAAUGUAAAUCACAUUCGUUGAUUGAAAGGAGGAAAAUGCCAUAGAUGUAAAUUGCUUUUUUUUU